AUGUUACCACGUUGUGUUACAAUACUUAAUACACAUAUAAAAACUAUAAAAACAUGGCAACGUUCAAUAAAACAAGCUAUGUAUCAUCUUCUUAUAGUUCUUGUUUUUGCUGAAAGUUAUUUUACAUCAUACUUAAGUAAUGAAUCACUUCAAACAUUUAUUAAACAUCUUCUACGUUUGGUUAAUGAAUCUGAAUUAAUUAAACAUAUUAAAAGAAUACCAAUUAAUCCUGAAACAUUAUUAAUUGAUGCAGCACUUCAAGUUUUUUAG